AUGUUUUUACAAAUAUAAUCCAUCUUUUUGAGUGUUUGUUGUGCAACUUAAAUUUACCAAAAAACAUUUGAAACUGUAUUUAUGGAGUUUAGUUACAAAUUAGACUCAUCUAAGGCAUACAUGAUAUAAGUAAAUGAAAAGGGCUAAUAUUAGUUGACAAUAAAAAAAUUCCCAGAUGACCAAUCCUGUCUUCCUUACUUAGAGGUUAAUUCAACCUCCAGUGAUGUUACUGAAACUCUGUAUGAUGAAUAAGGAUAUGCAACAAAAUCAAAAGUCUAAUCGAUCUCUGUUUAGAGUGAUUAGAUUCAAAUAUCAGUUUCUAAUAAAAAGUUAACUUUCAUACCUGAAUCUAAUCUUAGCCAAGUAAUAUAAUUUACAAUAACAAUAAUCGAUUCAGUAUUAAAUUCUCAAAAUAUAAAAUAGCCUCCUGAAAAGUUGGUUUGCAAUUUUCCUUCAUAUGGUUUGGAUUGCCAGUAGAACAUGGAAGAAAUUGAAACAGAAUAUUCAACGACUUUGAUCGUGCCGAAAUAUUCUUGGAACUACGUAUAUUAUAUAUUGGAUAACUAUGAUUAUAAAAUCGAAGCAGAAAGUGAUUGGGCUUCAUUUGUCGUAGCUCUCUUGCCAAUAGAUAAGGCGAACACAACAAUAUUACCCUCAUUUUAAUCUAAUUUGAUCUUACUUAGCUCAAAUGGGGAUAGUAAAGAAGUGAAAUUGCUAAGACCGGCAGAAAUUUCAUCCUAUAUUUUUGCAAUUGGAGUCUACAACCUUGAUGACGAUGCAGCUAUUACAUUGACACUACAUUAACAAUCUGAAGGCGAAGAAGAUUCAUUCCCCUUGUGGGCCAUCCUAACCAUCGUGGGAGUGUUUAUCUUGGGAAUUCUAAUUUCUAUUUUUAUAAUUUGUCAAAUCAGAAAACAAGCCAAAGUAUAUGAAGAAUAGCCUAAAAUCUCACUUGACGUUUUAGACAAAUACAUGCCUAUAAAACCAGUGCCAAAACAUCAACUUACUGAAACUUGUUGUGUUUGUUUAGUCUAAUUCUUAAAGCGAGAUCAAACCAGAGAGACUCCUUGCAAACAUUACUUCCAUACAAAUUGUUUAAGGGAUUGGACUAAGAAGAAUACAACAUGUCCAGUAUGUCGAUAAGAAUUAGGAGAGGCAGAUAUUUAAAAAUAUUUGUGUUUAAGUCAAAUGACUCAUAAGAAUGAAAUAGAUAAUUCCAAUUCUCAUUAAGGUGAGCUGCCUAAAAUACCUCUUACUCAACUUAGAAUCAGUGAUCAUGAUAUCAAUACUAGAGGCCUCAUUAUUAUUGACAAUUCACCUUCUAAUUAACAUUCUCAUUCCGACAGGUUGAGUCUAAAUUUAAUCGAGGAUUAAAUUGUCGAGAAUUGA